AUGUGGCCGCCGUACCGUGCCGUGCCGUGCCGUACCGCGCCGCCCGCCGGCGGGCUGGUCCGGAGCAUGUGCAGCUGCGGCAGGCACCUGGCAGGGAGCCGCAGCGCCGGGGAUGUGAACCAGGCGGGGAGGAAGGCCCUUGACUCAUCAGAUAAAUCCAGCCCCGCACCGGAGAGAGAAGGCGGUCGGCGGAGGAGGAGGAGGAAGAGGAGGAGGAGGAGACACCCUCCCUGUGCGGCUCAGACACCACUUGCUGAUGACUUGCCUCUUUUGCUGUUCCUUUUCCAGUCCUCGGUAUGCUCCAAGAUCGUCCAGCUGCUGGGCCAGAAUGAGGUGGACUACCGCCAGAAGCAGGUGGUGAUCGUGAGCCAAGACAGCUUCUACAGGGUCCUCACCUCAGAGCAGAAAUCCAAAGCACUCAAAGGCCAGUUCAAUUUUGACCACCCAGAUGCCUUUGACAACGAGCUGAUCGUGAAAACGCUCAAGGAGAUCACGGAAGGGAAGACGGUCCAGAUUCCUGUCUAUGACUUUGUCUCCCACUCCAGGAAAGAGGAGACGGUGACCGUCUACCCUGCCGACGUGGUGCUCUUUGAAGGCAUCCUGGCCUUCUACAGCCAGGAGGUGCGGGAUCUCUUCCGCAUGAAGCUCUUUGUGGACACGGACGCAGACACCCGGCUGUCCCGCAGAGUGCUUCGAGACAUCAGUGAGCGAGGCAGAGACCUUGAGCAAAUCUUAUCUCAGUACAUCACCUUCGUUAAGCCUGCCUUCGAGGAGUUCUGUUUGCCAACCAAGAAGUAUGCUGACGUGAUCAUUCCCAGAGGAGCAGAUAAUGAAGUGGCCAUAAACCUGAUAGUGCAGCACAUCCAGGACAUUCUUAACGGAGGACUCAGCAAACGCCAGAGCAACGGCUACCUGAAUGGCUACACUCCUCCCCGCCAGCGGCAGCCCUCAGAGUCCAGCAGCCGGCCCCACUGACCCCGGGGCGGCGGGCGCCAAGCUGGGGGCGGAGGGCGCUCGGGCCGUGCCACUGCCCCUCUGUACAUACUGUCUGUUCAUUCCCCCCCUUAUCUAUUUAAGAAACCAGACGGAGACGAAUGCCUUUAAUUUUGUAUGUUGGAAAUGCCGAAUGAGAAGCAGCCGGCUGCUUGGGAGCCUGGACCCGCCCACAGCUCCUGGCCUUGCUCAAUAACUUCUCCAGCACGGAACCGGCUAUAAAUCUCUAUAAAUAUAGAAUUGCUCUAUUUUUGUGCAGAAUAACGUAAAAAUUACUUGCCAUAAGGUAUUUGCCAGGCUCAGUGUUGCUGGGAGGGGGCUGGGAAGGGGGUCCUGGGAAAUGCUGGUGUCAGGAUCCUCACCUCAAAGGCAAUAAGGAAGGAAGAGCGUUCAACAACUGCUUUAGUAUCACAGUGGUCUCCAUCCUGGGGAAGGGGUGGGUUGUGGUGGAGGUGGCAGCUUGUUGUUGGCAUGGAUUUUGCAACUGGGCUGGGGUUACUUCCUCCUGCCAUUGCUGGUCAGGUUUGAGCAGCCUGGUUUUGGUUGGCAGGCACUGCACGAUGCCACUGGGAGUUGGGAGAAUGAUGAUAACCUCCCCUGACUCUCUGCACCUCCAGGUCUCAGUCCCUCAACAGCCUCCCUUUCUCUGUCUGACAUCCCUUCCCACCCCAGAUGUGGGUCUGCUGUCACACCCUCCAGCAAGGACCUGGUAGGUGAUGCUGGGUAUGUGAUCGUAUAAACACGGCAGCUUGUGUCUUUAGCAGUCUCACUGCCUGCCUCAGAUGAGGAUGGUGCGUGGGUGCCUUCGGCCACGUGGCCGUGUGUGUAGUGGGACUCCUAGCUGAGCCCUAGGCUCAACCCUAAGCCUGGAGGUUGGCUUGCAGAAGGUCAGGGGUCUGUCUGUCAAUCCUCACUCGGAAAAGCUUUAUGCUUGGAUGGGGGAUUUUGGGUCUGUAAGAUAUGGUAAAGGGAGAGCCAGCCUAUUCUGAAGGAAAGGGGCAGUAGAUGAUGAAAGGCAGCUGCUGAGCAGCCUGUCUGAGGCGGGGAGGGGGGAUCAGCGUGUAGCAGCCCCUGGGCUGCCUUGCAUCCCUGUAUGGGGACACCCACAGGUCCCAGCUGGGUAGCAUGAAACUGGACGCCCAGGCAUCCUCUGCUCCCCCUUCUCAGAGCAUGCUCUUGCCUGGCCUGUGUCCCUUUCAUUGUGUCCCUGCAGUAUGUUGUCCCCAGGGCUGCCCAGGGAGUGCCCUCCCUUGCCCAGGGUGACAAUUAGUCUCUGGUAGUGCUGCAACAGUGGUGUCCCAGGAGAGCCUGACAGGGUUGUACUGCAGGUCUGGGGAUGCCUGGAGAGCAAGGUGGGACAGCUGGGCUGGGGCAGGAGCUUGGUGGGAGCCAGGGAAGGGGAUGUGGUGGGAUGGCAGCCAGGAAAGAUCCUUUGGCCCAUGCUGCUGGGACUGACUUGCCCUGCUGAAAGCAAAGUUUCACAGGCAUCCUACAAAGCCUGGAGCAGGGACCCUUAGCCUUGCUCACUCUGAUGAUUUUUCAGUCUUUACAGAGCAUUGAUUUUGCUCUGCAUGGUUAAAAGCUUAAGAGCUUAGAGACUCAAUGCUCCAUCGCUCUCCAGCCCCAUGUGAGCUGAGACAAGCUUUGAUUUUUAACAGAGAGAACAAGAAAGGAAACACCUUCUGCAGUGAUUGCUGCUGGGGCAAACUCAUUCCCUCUUGAUCUGUGAUGGGGGUACAUGGCAGCCCUUUAUCACCCCCUCCCUGUCUGCAGACACUCCCCAAGGCAUGUCAGCUUUGCUGUAAUAAAGGGGCUGGCACUGGCUAACUCCAGGCACAGCCGUAGGUAAGAGGGACCAAAACCCUGCAGAACUGGUGAGGCUUCUCAGGGCUUAAGCAGCCAAGACAGCUCUCAAGAUGAAGUACUGGCCUCUUCUCCCCUGUAAAUAAAGACAGAACAACUGCA